CUACUCUUGCGCGCCACGCGACUGCCGCUGUUGCAGUGCACGCGUGGACGGAGCCCCUGCACGACCUCUUCCCUCGGCCUGGUGAAGCCGCAACUCUCUCGCUCGCCGGCUGCUGCCGAAACUGCCGAAGAAGAGUCUCCUCCGGUGUUGCUGCUUGUUCCCUUUCGUCGGCGAGGCAGCUCUUGCUGCAGGAACAUCCGCUUGCCUCCGACGUUGCUGUCUUGUUUUUCUUCCGCAAUCUCCGACCGCCGACUGGUUUCCCCGACAGGCAGCUCUCUGGAAGGAAGGCGGCCGAGUACGUCCCGUAGUAGUGUGCGUGCGUGCGUCCUUAUGCCGCCGGCGCUGCCGGCUCAUGGUCUGCGGCUUUUCGAGAUGUUUUGCCGAUAAACGGAGUCGUCGUGGCCGUCGUCAGCUGCUGUCGUUCUUUGAAGAAUUGCCGCGUGUCCCGCGCUUCUUCUCUUCGGACGGGCUCGUGACUAUUGCCGCUGUCGCGGUUUGCGCGUCAUCGUCCGAACACCGGGCUUUCGACGCUGCCACCUGCCCUCGCGGUCGUGCAUGCCGCCAAGCCUGUUCGGUUGUCGACUUACUAUGCGGUCGUCUCUUCUCGCGCACGGGUCGCUUUCACGUGCUUGGUGAAACUGUGAAGGGAUCUUCGUGGCUCUCGGAAGUGAUUGAUCAUGAUUCCUCUGGUACCGGCUUUGGAUACCGCGCUCUGCUAAGACGCCAACGAGGCAACACCGUCGCAGACAACAGUGAUUAAUCUUCAGCUUCGGCAAGCGGUCCGCUGACACGGGUCGCCGUGUGUGCGAAUGCAUCACCCUGGAGCCCUCCGAGAUGGUUGUGAUUGACUACCCUGACUGCGAGCUGCUGCAGCCGGGGCAGCGGCAGUCGUGCACCACCAUGAACUUGGAGCGGCUGCUGGCCCUCGAGCCGGAUGAGGUGGCUGUUGAAACAAGGCACACGCACCACCACAUCCAGCAGUUGCCCUUGGACUGUCAGCAGACAUCGCUGCAAAAAGAAGGCCUGCUCAAGUCUAAUCGAAGUUCACGCAGCAGUGACACGUCGUCAGCCUACUCGGGCUCAGACACGAUGCAGUCGGUGCAGUCAUCCCUCGAGGACAACGAGGUCGACCUCUCUGGGCUUGUGGAAAGCACAGUAGAUUCAGAUGAAGAGGAGGACCUUGCUGAGUCUAUAGAUAGCCUCACAGUAAGGGAUGCAUACCAUGAGUGUCUUGAAAGGGAUCCCAAUGACAGGACAGAGGACGACAUUGAGACCCUGCUUGAGUUCAUGCAACCCUUACCGGCAUUUGCUAACAUGACACUGUCAGUGCGACGAGAGCUGUGCGCAGUCAUGGUGUUUGCUGUGGUGGAAAAGGCUGGUACGGUGGUGAUGAAUCAUGGCGAGGAGCUGGACUCUUGGUCUGUGAUUGUCAAUGGGCAGGUCGAGGUAGAAAUGCCCGACGGAACCACUCACACACUUCAAAUGGGAGACAGCUUCGGCAUCACACCUACCAUGGACAAGAUGAACCACGUAGGCACCAUGCGCACGAGAGUGGAUGACUGCCAGUUUGUGUGCAUUGCCCAGGGCGAUUAUUGUCGCAUUCUUCACCGCAGCGAGGAGAACACACGAAAACUUGAAGAAGAUGGUCGUGUUGUUUUGGUCACUGAGCACAGAACUGUUGAUUCUGGCAGCAGAGAAGGGCACAUCGUUAUCAGGGGGACGCCAGAUCGACUGUUGGCACAGUUGUUUGAAGAGAAUGCACUUGACCCAGGCUACAUAGAAGACUUCUUACUGACAUAUCGCACAUUCAUUCCAAGCUCUAUGGUGGUCUGCAGCAAACUCCUCUCAUGGUUCAAUGACCCCCAGUUGAGGGAUAAGGUGACAAGGGUUGUACUUCUUUGGGUCAACAACCACUUCACCGAUUUUGAGACUGAUCCAGAAAUGAUGGAGUUUUUGGAGCAAUUUGAGCAGUGCCUCGAAGCAAAUAAAAUGCAUGCGCAGUUGCGUUUGCUAAACAUUGCAUGUGCAACGAAGGCACGCACACGGGUUGUGACCUUGGCGAGGUCAUCGCGGGACGAUGAGCUUCCUUUUCAAAUUCUCGGAGGCUACGAAACUGGCAACGCUAUCUUUGUGGCCAAAGUGGACAAGGCCAAUUCCAAAUCUGAGGACGGCUGGCUCAAGCGCGGCGAUGAGAUCCUGGAAGUGAAUGGCCAGAGCUUUGCCACCAUGUCAUUCAAUCAGGCCAUGGAGAUUUUGAGGAAGGCCACACACCUCUGUAUCACUGUCAGGUCAAAUCUUCUUGAGUUUAAGGAGAUGCUGAACAACCCAGAAAAGGCUAUGCGUCCACGUGGUCGCAAGAGCUCCGAGAUUUUGCGGCUGCAGCCUGAUCCACGCCUCCGGCUCUCGUCGCACCUCGAGUGGAGUGAUGUAGUUGGGCUCCCACUUGGAGUUGGUGGCUUGCCACUGGGGGUUGGCUGGGGCGGCCAGCACUCAUCAUCUGCAGCAGGAUCCCCCGCACCAGUGGCCUCUGUGUCCUCAUCAGGAUCAUGUGCAGGAAAUGGGGAUGUCUCCUGCAAGGAAGACAAGAAAGGGUUCAUGACACUAGGCCACCGGGCUAAGCUCAAGAAAGCUUUGGCCAAGAUGAACUUCAUCCCCAAGACACUGAAUGUGGAGUCUCAACUAAACAGUUCUGAUGACAGCCUCUACUCUACGCACAGUGGGUCAAGUGUAGGCUCCGGCUGUGGCAACCAUCGGGUUGGUCGCAGCGGCUCGUCUCCAGCCCAUGCCAUCACACCAGGAAAUUGCGGCACUGGAGCAGGCCAAUUGUACCACAGUCACAGCAACCCCGAUUUGAGCUCGCUCAUUGUGACACCCCACUGUGAAGGGGCAGACGCCCCUGGCCGCGACUUUCCUGAGCAUGUGUUGAAGGUGUACAAAGCAGACCAGACCUGCAAAUACCUGCUCAUCCAUAGGGAAACAACAGCGCGCGAGGUAGUGAUGCUGGCACUUCGGGAGUUUGGAAUCACAGACUCUAGCAGCCUCUACUCAUUGUGUGAAGUGUCUGUUGGAGAAGGUGGCUUAAUCAAGCAACGCCGCUUGCCAGAGCAAAUGCAAAACCUGGCUGAAAAGAUUGGUCUCAGCAGUCGAUACUACUUGCGCAACAAUGCCUCCACUGAUCCUCUUGUACCUGAUGACAUGGCUGCAGAGCUCCUACGCGAGAGCCAAGUGAACUUUCUUCAGCUGAACAGUGUGGAGGUGGCAACACAACUAACGCUGGAGGACUUCAGCAUCUUCCGCCAGAUUGAGCCCACCGAGUACAUCGAUGAUCUUUUUGAAGUCAAGUCUGCUUAUGGGUCACCUAUGCUGGCCAUGUUUGCGGAGCUUGUUAACCGCGAGAUGUUCUGGGUGGUCUCUGAAAUCUGCGGAGAGACUAACCCCCUCCGGAGAAUGAAGACUGUGAAGCAGUUUGUCAAGGUGGCAAGGCAAUGCAAGGAGUGCAAAAACUUCAAUUCUAUGUUUGCAAUUCUGAGUGGCUUGGGACAUGGAGCAGUGUCGCGGUUACGAUCCACGUGGGAUAAAUUGCCAACCAAGUACCAGAAGAUGUUUGAGGAUCUUCAAGAAUUAAUGGAUCCUUCAAGAAACAUGUGUAAAUACCGUAACCUCAUCAACAGUGAACAGACCAGACCACCAAUUAUACCCUUCUAUCCUAUUGUGAAAAAGGACCUCUCUUUUAUUCAUUUCGGGAAUGAUACCAUUGUGGACAAUCUGGUCAAUUUUGAAAAGCUCAGGAUGAUUGCUAAGGAAGUGAGACAGUUGAUGAAGAUGUGCUCAGUUCCUUACGAUUUAUACAGUAUGCUGGAAGCUGGUGGAAACCCACUUAACCCAGCAUUGGCAUCACUGAACAGCUUUGCAGCGGCUGCAGUUGCAGGCGGUGCAGGUGCAGCAUUAGCACGUCGGCGGAAGCGCAGCACAGCUCAGCCCAGCCCCAAGAAAAUGUUUGAAGAAGCCCAAAUGGUACGCCGUGUCAAGGCCUAUUUGAGCCACCUUAAGGUUGUUGCAGACGAGGGCCGGCUGCUUGCCAUGUCCUUCGAAUGUGAGCCACAUCCAGUGCCCUCGGCAAUUCCAGUUGUCUUGCCGAGUAAUGCGCACCCACAACGCAAGCGGCACCCGUCGCCGCGGAAGAGGCAUCCAUCUCCAACUCUUUCGACGGCGAGCAGCAAUAGCAGCACUUCAGAAGGCAAGAAGUCUAUAAACUCGGCAGGUGGUGUCAAGUUUGGCACGGACUCGCCACAGGCCAUGCGCAAGCUUCUGGCCCUGUCGGACCAGAGCAAGGUGCGCCCGCACCAGCCACCACGUCCACCCGCAUCCCCAUCGCCUGGGGUCAAACGUCGAGGAUCGGCAACUGUGCGAGAUGCACCUGCAGUAGCUGCAGGAGUCAGUGCCAGCUGCCACGGUCGAUCGCACUCUGACGCAGGCUAUGCCAGUGUCCAACCUGUUGACCUCUCUGCUGAAAGUUCUAGCGUGACGAGUCUCAACAACUUGCCCCUUCGAAAGUCUCACGCCUCAGCAUGCUCUGUCACCUCGGCUGAUAGCGGGGUUGGGAGCUAUCACGACAGCGAUUCUGGUCGUUGUUCUGCUGGCUAUGCGAGCCCACAGCAGCGACGAAUUUCAGGCACGGGUCCUCCGUCGCCUCCCACUGUGAUGCGAAACCGCAAGAGCAUGCCUCCAUUCACGCAUGGUGUGCCUGUCUUGCCACCACUUGUUCCGGGCACACAUCAAGGUCCCUUGUCCCCGUCAUGCCUGCUGAUGCCUCCCCCUCCCCCACGAGACCCUCCCCCUGCACCAAAGGGUGCGGGGCCACCACGUCGGCCCCCGGACUACAAUGUCGCCGCCCAGAUGGCAGCUCGAAGCCGACAAGCCCAGCGGCUACAUCGGGCCCGUAGUCAAGAGGUCAUGGCGGCCACUGUUGCAGCAGUAGCAGCAGCAACAGCAGCCUCUUAUGCCUGUGAAGUGACGACUGGUCCAGCUACUGACCAUGAGGCUGAUGAGGAGGAUGAAGACGAAACACAGGUCUCUGCUGUGUGAUCUCCAACGAUGGACAACAAGGAACCAAGCUGCACCUAUUGUAGACAUUCUCCGAGCAAAAACUGGCUGCCAUUGAUGGAAGCACAACCUGAGGGGGGCCACUAGUCGACGACGGAUGUGAGCAAGCUGUGCCGCCGUCUGCGCUGCCUCCAAGUGGCACGGCGGUCAUGUGUGUGCAUGGGUGUACGAGGCAGUUCGUGCAAAAAUGACUGCGUUUUUUUUUUUCUUCAGACCUUUUGCUUCGUUUUCCCACAUUCUCUAUUUGCAAAACAAGUGUGAAAAUGCGGUGAUUAGACUGUGCUUGUGUUUCUCUGCUUAGCAAGCACCUUGUUUCAAGCUUGCACCUUUAGCAAGGCAAAGCAGUAUAUUCUUGCUUUCUGUGAGCAUGCACAAGAAAGGCUAAACUUGGAGGAAUAAGAAAGAAAACCAAAGAUCUAGUGAUGUGUACAAAUGAUUUUUAUAUAUUAGUGUAACAUUUAAUGCACCACGUCCGAGGCCGCCCUCCCUGCACAUUGUUUGUACCAUAUUGUCGUGACAGCCUUUCAUAAAAGGCCUCAAACUCACUCGUUUUGUCUUUGGAUGUGACAAAAGACGCCUUGUGUUGUACCUUUUGCUUCUGCCUUGAGAUUUUAAUAUCUCGACAUGGCAAGCAAUGUAAUGUAAAAGUUUUGUAUAUAAGACGUGUUUCUUUUGCCGUUCACGUAUCAGCGUAGCACUGGUCCCAUUUGAAUGUUACUUCCUUCCCGUGUAUCUUGUGCCCGUUUCUUGUUAUAUUUGUUUAGCUCGGCUGUGCUGGGCUUUCAACAUCUGUAGCCUAUUUCCUUUUCUUCUCUUCUGGCUUUUGUGCAUUAUGAGCUUGUUUCGUAUGUAAUAAGGUACACAACCAGCGUCUGUGAGAGCUUGACAAAAUACCGGCAACGAGUGGAUAUCAACCCUGAACUGUUCAUGUUGCCACCACCUUAGCCAGUAAGAAUGUUUGUUGUAUGUGUCUUUGGCCCUGUGAAUUUCUUUGAAAUGCCUGCAGAAAGUGUUACUGCAUGCUUGUUUUUGAGUUAUCACGUUCGUAAUAGGUCUCUUACUGCUGUGCUCUCAAGUAUAGUCACUUCAUUUUGGUGUAUGUGUAAGGCAGCACGGCAAUAUAUAGUAAAAAUGAAAUUUCAGGAAGUACAUAUGGUGAAGCUUAUUGUUAUAUUAAGUUUGUGCUUUUGACAGUAGAAAGUUGUAAAAGUUAACGAACAAAGAGGCUUUUAGACUUUGCGCAUUUUCAUGCAUGCAGCAUCAUGCUUUUAAUGUGUUGUCAUUCACUACUGUCCUGUGAAUGGCAGUUACUUUCAUUCCCCGCCUUGUGAAGAAUGUGUUUUGCUGUAGCAUCAGUAUUAUUCUUUAUCUUUAUUAGCUCCUCAGGUAUUAAUUUGUAUCCAUAGUAAAAAGACCUGACUUAUUUCUGCUGCUAUAAACCUGCAUUUCAACCAUUAUUACUGUCAUGAGCAGAAUACCCGUUCACCUGCAGCAGUUACACAGGAUUCAUUUUUCUACUUAAUGUGCAGAGGUGCAGUAUCUUUUCUUGCCAAAAUUUUUGCAAAAUUUGGGCAUUCACCCGUGUUUUUCUGUAACCUUGUGCACACUGCUGCCUCGUCACUUUUGUAACAACAUUGUUCUCUUUCCUCCCCAAAAUAUUUUUGUACUGCCAAGACAAGAACUUUUAUGGUCAUGUAAAGAAGGCAGAGACAAAACAGAUCUGUUGUAUAGUGGUCAUAUAAGAGCUGUACAUAGUUAAGACAAAUCCAUAAUAAAUAUGGAAAUGCUUUCAGUGCUGUC